AUUCAAUCUGUGGUUGUGGACAGCGGAAGUGCAGAGAACUGCGCGUGCAUGUAUGUGUGUACAGAAAUAAUGACGCGUACCUUCCUGUUAAAUCUGACCUGUCUGCUCGUUUAGACUUGUGCGGUUUGUGUUAUUUGUUAGGUUUGUGUUAUGUGUAGAUAUUGCGUGUUUUGUUCAGAGAGGCAGAGGACAGCUGCAGCUUUUACACAUCAGCAGCACAUCAGCUGUUACUGCACAACACCAUAAAGAUGAGCCACGAGCACAGUAAAUGAUCUGUUUGACAGCCAUCUACAAGCGACAUCAUGAAUUUGGUCCGUCUUGUGUGUCGCCAUAAGACAGCCCUGGCCCUCACUUUCCUAUUCCUGUUUGCCGUCGUCCUCCUUUUCCUCGCCAAAUGCACAUCCGAGACGCUCAAGCCACCUGAUUCCCCAGGCAUGGCACCACGGCCUGAGUCACGACAGAAGCAUCCUGCGGGGUCUUCUCAUGCCAAAGACCUCUCAGCUUUCCUGGUGGUUCUCAUCACCACGGGCCCGAAGUACACCGAACGUCGCAGUAUAAUCCGGAGCACCUGGCUGACUAAGCACGAUCCCGAUGUGCUCUAUUGGUUCGUCAUCGGUACCGAGGGUCUACCGGCUGAGGACCUCCAAAACCUCGAAACCGAGCAGGUCCGUCACCACGACCUCCUCUUGCUCCCCGACCUCCGGGAUUCUUACGAGAACCUUACGCAGAAGCUGCUACACAUGUACUCGUGGUUGGACCAGAACGUGGACUUCAGGUUCGUCCUGAAGGCCGAUGACGACACCUUCGCUCGUUUGGAUCUUCUCAAGGAGGAAUUGAAGACAAAGGAACCCAGCCGCCUCUACUGGGGUUUCUUCUCUGGUCGCGGGAGAGUGAAAACGGCCGGGAAAUGGAAGGAAAGUGCCUGGGAGCUGUGUGAUUACUACUUACCCUACGCUUUGGGUGGGGGUUACAUACUGUCUUCUGACCUCGUGCACUACGUCCGGCUGAAUGUGGGGUUUCUGAAGACGUGGCAGAGCGAGGAUGUGUCUUUGGGGGCGUGGCUGGCCCCCGUGGACGUAAAACGAGUUCACGAUCCCCGCUUUGAUACGGAGUACAAGUCGCGUGGAUGCAGCAAUAAGUAUCUGGUCACUCACAAGCAAAGUUUAGAGGACAUGUUGGAGAAACAUCAGACGUUACAGAGGGACGGGCGUCUGUGCAAGGAGGAAGUCAAACUGAGGCUCUCAUAUAUUUACGACUGGGGCGUUCCACCUUCCCAGUGUUGCCAGCGCAAAGAUGGCAUCCCGUGAUCUUAACCAUUAUCAGUCACUAUUUAUUUAUUUAUUGUCAAUGUUGUGUUUGUUGACCUGAAAUUGUACCUUUUGAAAAGGAUGUUUUAACUUGUUAUGGUUGGAGAAUGGUGUAUGUGAGAUGUUUUAUGCUGCCUAUGAGGUCAGUUUACUGUUUGUGCCAUCGUAUGACUCUAGGAUUUUGGCUUAAGUGGUCUCUGUUUUGCUGUAUUGUCUGCUUAAACUUUAUUCUUUGUGUGAUGUCCACUGAUUGAAUUUCAUUGUCCAUUCAUUGUACUUUUAUUUACACGUGACACACCCCAAAACGGCUAAUUUUUGCUCACACCUACAAAGUGGCAAUUUUAACAUGUUAUAAUAAAUUAUAUUUAUGAUAUUUUGAGCUAGAAUUUCACAUAUGUACUCUGGGGACACCAAAUUUGACAUCUUAAAAAAGUCUUGUGAAAUGUCCAUUUUAAAUGUUUCUUUUAUGUUGUUUUUGUUUCUACGCUGCAUCACAUUUCCUUUAUCAUUAAUGUGACCUCGGAGAUGCUGAAAGAAAAGAUUUGUUGCAUAAUUUGAAUCUGCAGGGACCUGCCGAUACCUUGAGUGUAUUUAUUCAAAACUGACAUCACAGUCUUUUACUCGCUUGUUUUUUAUGCACCUGUGCCAGCGCUUUGUGCAAUUAUAUUGUAACGUACUGUAACGUUUUAGUAUGUAUUGUGACAUGAGUUAAAAUGUGUUCCUCAGUUGGUAGAGCGUUAGCAGCGCAGAAGGUUUUGGGUUCGAUUCCCAGGGAACACACAUACUGAUAAAAAUGUGUAUAGACUGAAUACAUUUCAAGUCACUUCGGAUAAAAGCAUCAAUCGAAUGCAUAAAUGUUACAUGCUGGUUGUUGGCCCAAUGCUACUUCUUGGCAUUUAAAUAUUUUUUACAGUAUUGUAAGGUCAGGAAAUACUUUGCACAGCUUCAGUAUUGUUAUUUAUGGGCGAUGUUGAAAAAAAAAUUACAAAUCAGCAAAAAUAGCAAAAUAAAGAUACAGAGGGUUAAGCAACUCAGCAUAGGUUAAAUUACAACCCAGCAGGUUACUUUUGUCACUUUUUGAUCCAAAGCUGGGUUGAAAAUAACAACCCAGGAACUGCUAAAUUGAAUUAGUUAAAUGUAUAAUUUGAGUUUAAACAAAAUGGCUAACCAUUUGUGACUAACCAGCAGUUCAGGAUGUAACCCUCCAAAAUGGGACAGAUAAAGCUGCACCUGGCCUUCAGUCAGUUGACAAGUCACACAGCUGGCGUUUUCUAAUGGACAGAGAGUUGGUUGCAUAUAAUUUAUUGUUAGAUAUACUGACUGUUUGUUUGUGUAAGCCAUAUAUCCUUUCAAGAAAAUAAGAAAGGGCUGGAAAAUAGGCUACCUGGUUUUUGGUUCUUGUGUACCAUUCUGUCUGAAACAACCUAAUGCAUUUAAUGUACCUAUAGCUACUUUCACAUCUUUUAUUAUUAGUUUACAGUUAUUUCGUUUUUAUUCUUUUGAGUCAUAAAGUAAUUUAAGACAAAAUGUGAAAAUACAUGUACAAUUGAAGAUUGAUGUUGUCCACAAUAAACACAUCAUUUGUCUUAUUAUUGA